AUGACAUUUCUCGGCGCGUUGUUGAUUGUGGCGGCUUGUUUCGCUAUCGGGUGCCUAAUCGGGUCACGACAUUCGUCUCGUGGGCCUGUUAGUUCGUCGGAUAAUUCUGAAAUCAACGACGGCGUCAGGAAGAAGACUUAUCGGAGCAAACAGCUUCGAGAGGUUGAGAAACUUGCAGAUAUUAUGGACGACUUUAAGAUGGUUUUGGUUGUGAGGAAUGACCUAAAAAUGGGGAAAGGAAAGAUUGCUGCCCAAUGCAGCCAUGCCACUUUGGGGCUGUACAAGAAGAUCCUUAACCGAGCACCAAAUUCCUUAAGCAGGUGGGAGAUGUGCGGGCAGGUUAAGGUUGUCUUGAAAAUUGAAAGUGAAGACGAUAUGCUUGUUUUACAGGAGAAGGCGAAAUCUCUGAAUUUACCAGCACAUAUAACAGUUGAUGCCGGUAGAACACAGAUUGCCCCAAAUUCAAGAACAGUAAUGGCAAUUUUAGGUCCAGCUGAUCUAGUCGAUGAUGUAACGGGCGGAUUAAAGCUUUUAUAA